ACGGUCAAGAUCUUAUGCUGCGAGUAAAAAAGAAAAUACUCUCUUUUGUUGUCGUUGGAAGCUUUCUUUUUGGUGGUCUUUUUGUGUUUGCUUUCUUUAAGUUAAGGUUUGGUGGAGCAGUGGGAUUAGAUUGAUCUGUGAAUUUAUGGUUAUUGAGGUUGUUUAUUGAGGUGGUUUUUAUUUGAGAGUUGUGUUUCUUUUGUGUUUGCAUUAGAGAGGUGAGAGAUGGAGAGAGAUUUUCUGGGGUUGAAUUGUCAAGAUUCAUUGGCCGUUGUUAAGGAAGAGGUUAACUCUGAUGGGUAUAAAGAGAUAGGUUUUAGUAAAGUUUCAGGGAUACAGUGGCCCUUCCUCAACAAGGUCUCUUCCCUUCCUCAUUUGAUGCCUUUCAAGGCUGCUCAAGAAGAUAAGACCAAGAGGAUUGUAUCUGAUUCUAUAGUGCCCUCUGGAUUCUUGUCCAUCGCAACUGUAGAUGCUUUGGACCCUAGCCAAAAACAGGUGGCUGAAAUUCAGAGAUCAUUUAAUCUUGAAAGGCAAGGUGGCAAUCAUUUUACAUUAGCUUCUUAUCCUUUACAACAUGAUGUGCAUUCCGUGCAUCAUCCUGAUGUGAAGGUGUUUCCAGUCCCUAAUUAUACGAGUUCAAUUUCCACGAGCCACUCUUUCUUCAAGAAUCAUUAUGCAACCACUGGUCCGAGUAUGGUCGCCACUACUACAAAGCCACAGUUCCUUGGAGGAAUUCCCGUGACAGCUCCACAAACAAUUCUUCCUAAUAUUAGUUCUGUCAAUCGAAAAUUUGAUUCAUGUGUGAAAACCUCUGGAUCUCCUGCUCAACUGACCAUCUUUUAUGGUGGGACAGUUAAUGUGUAUGAUGAUAUAUCGCCUGAGAAGGCUCAAGCUAUCAUGUUCUUGGCUGGAAAUGGAUCUUCAAUUCCUUCUAACAUGUCACAGCCAAAAAUUCAAGUCCAGGCACCAAACUCAAAGGCAGUAGCAACUGUUGUUAGUCCGGUCAACCAACCUGUAAUAACACCACCUUGCUCCCGUCUCUCAAGCCCUUUGUCUGUUUCCUCACAUACUGGUGCUCAGUCAGGGAGCGGCUCUACUAGUACUGAAGAAAUUGUGGCAGUUAAACCUUCUGGAGUUCCAACCACUCCUGUUAGCAAACCGGACACACCAAAACUUGCAAGUGCCAUGGGAUCUGCACCUGCAGCAAUUAUGAUGCCAUCUGCAGUGCCUCAGGCGCGAAAGGCGUCCUUGGCUCGGUUUUUGGAGAAGCGCAAGGAGAGGAUGAUGAGUGCAGCACCAUACAACCUCUGCAAGAAUUCUCUUGAAUCUUAUCCAGAAUCCAAUGGAUUAAAGUACUCCCGAAUAGGAGAUGGUUCGCUCUCGGCAAGUAUGGAGAGCACCAAAACAAACGGUGCCAACUUAGAAGGGAGUCAUUGCAAUUUAAGUAGUAAACUAAAGAUGUAAGCAAAUGUAUUUUUGUUUUCUAACUAGAAUAAUUGAAUCCCUUUCUUUGGCUUCAGGAAACUUAUUGCGCGUAUGUAUAGCAUAUAAAUAGAGGUGCUGUAGGGUUAUCUCCCAUAUUUUUCCUUUUUCAGAUUUCAGUUCCCCUUUCUGUUAAUCCGUUCGGAUCAUUUCCUUCCAAGAUGAUAUUUUAAGUGCAUUUUGUAGCUGCACAACUUGUGUUAAAUUGUGGAAACUAAUAUCAGAUUAGGAUUAUGUGUA